AUGGGUAGUCUGAAAGCUCCAGGCCCUGAUGGUAUGUCGGUGCUGUUCUUUAAGCACUAUUGGAAUACGUUUGGGAGUGACUUCUGUGAUGCUGUUGAGGAGUUCUUUGCCUCCGGCCACAUGCACAGUGGAAUCAAUGCAACAAAUUUGUCAAUCCGGUCGGUGCUUCCCAAACUAAUUUGCCCCACUCAAGUGGCGUUUGUGCCAGGCCGUAGCAUCAAUGACAAUAAUGUUUUGGUCCAGGAAAUCAUUCACUAUUUCAAACGCAAGAAGGGUAAAGAAGGCCUAUUCGCAAUCAAAAUUGAUUUGGUGAAAGCCCAUGUUAAACUUAGCUGGAGUUUUAUUGAUCAUGUCCUCAAUACCUUCAAGGUUCCUGAUUUAUUCCGGCAAUGGGUUUCGCAGUGUAUUACUACUACUACUUUUAACAUCCAUCUUAAUGGAGGAAGGGUGAGCAAUCUUACUUCUGAGUGUGGGUUGCGACAAGGGGACCCCCUAUCCCCGUAUCUUUUUAUUUGGGCUGCUGACAUUCUUUCUCGAAUCCUGGAAAAGGCAAUUGAGGAAGGAACUAUUAAAGGCAUCACGCUGAGUAGAGAUGGGCCUACUUUAUCUCACCUUUUCUUUGUUGAUGAUCUUAUUCUUGUGGGUAGAGCGACAAUUGCUAAAGCCAAAGGUCGGGCCACUCUUAUUAAAUUUGUGGGUCUGGCACUGCCAGUUUACACCAUGCAAACUACUAAGCUCUCUAAGAAACUUGCUUCAAAAAUUGAUGGUAUGGUGAGGGAUUUUUGGUGGGGCUGUGAGCAAGGUAACCGUGGCCUUUACCUUAAGGCGUGGGACCACAUGUGCCUUCCUAAAGCGAGAGGUGGUCUUGGAUUUCGAAAGACUGCGGAAUUAAACCAAGCUUUCUUGGCAAAAUGGGGAUGGGCCCUUAUUAACGAGGAUCAGUCGCUUUGCUGCAGAGUGUUGAGAGCCAAAGAUCUGAAAAGUAAACCUUUUGUGGAUGCUACCUAUAAUAAUGCUGAUUCUUGGUUUUGGAAAAAUGUGGUCAAGACUAAAGCUAUCCUCAAAAAAGGCGCUUGCAAACUCAUCUCAAAUGGGGAAGACACAAACAUUAGGUCGGACCCCUGGGUGGUUCAUGGGACGGAUUUCUACCCGAAACCCAUCUCUUCCUACCCUAGGAGCGUUGAGAAGGUCUCAGAGUUGUUGUUGAGUAAUGGGGACUGGGACCUCUCCUUGUUAAGGGCUAUGUUCGACUCUGCCACGAUUACGAACAUCCUGAAAGGGGGUAGACCUAGCGGCCAGGGAAGAGAUAAGUGGAUAUGGACUAGAGAGGGCUGUGGUAAAUUCACUACUAAGUCUGCCUAUUUGACACAUGCGUAUGAUAGAGCCCCGGCCUGUGUGGUGGCUCCGGCCUUAUGGAACAAACUUUGA